GAGGAUCCAAUUUCUGCUGCCCGUGAGAAAAAGGGCACACAGACCCAAGCGGAGCCGAUUGAUGAGGUAGCGGUUGCUCCGCGUUUGGCGUUCUGUACGAGAACUGAGCGUCGCUCUUUACCAAUCACUCCUCUUCGUCUCCACUUACUCUCCCGCCAUUAACAGCGCCACGGACCUCUCCCUUCUUCGCUUCGCGCUGCAACUCAUCCAUUUGUCAUGGUCAUAGAAUCCUCAGCUGCAGCUCCCGCCAGCUCCUCCUCUUCGUCUUCGCCUUCCACCAGCACCUCCCAUCUUUCUCCACCUCCUGAAGAUGCAUGGACUCUUGCUCAUCAGCGGCUACUUCCUCGCUGGAAAUCUCUUUCCCAGUCUCACUUGUCGCCAAUUCCAAUUUCGAUAUCGAAAGUUAAUCAAGUGGAUGCGGCGCGGCUAGAUAUUGAAAUGUCAGCCAUGUUGAAAGAGCAGUUGGUUAAGGUCUUCGCUUUGAUGAAGCCAGGAAUGUUGUUUCAAUAUGAAGCAGAGCUUGAUGCUUUUCUGGCGUUCCUUAUUUGGCGCUUUUCAAUUUGGGUAGACAAGCCCACACCAGGAAUUGCUCUGAUGAAUCUGCGGUAUAGAGAUGAGCGUGCAAUGGAAAUUCCAGGAAAAGUCAGAACUGGAUUGGAAGGACCUGGCCUCACAGUUGCUCAAAAGAUUUGGUAUUGCGUGGCCACUGUGGGUGGUCAAUACAUUUGGACUCGGUUACAAUCAUUUUCUGCUUUUCGUAGAUGGGGAGAUUCAGAGCAGAGGUCCUUGGCGAGGCGAGCAUGGCUUUUGAUUCAGCGCAUUGAAGGAAUAUACAAAGCUGCUGCAUUUGGCAACUUGCUCAUAUUUCUUUACACAGGAAGGUAUAGAAAUCUUGUCGAGAGAGUUCUCAGAGCCAGGCUUGUUUAUGGGAGUCCUAAUAUGAACAGGGCUGUCAGCUUUGAGUAUAUGAAUCGCCAGUUAGUGUGGAAUGAAUUCUCGGAAAUGUUGCUGUUGCUUCUUCCUCUUCUAAAUUCUUCCUCUGUUAGAAACUUUCUUCGUCCAUUUUCCAAGGAGAAGUCCUCAAGCUCAGCCGAGGAUGACAGUGCUUGUCCAAUUUGCCUGGCAAGUCCAACGAUUCCAUUUCUGGCUUUGCCUUGUCAACACAGAUACUGUUACUAUUGCCUCCGAACACGAUGCAUGGCAGCUCAAUCAUUUAGAUGUUCAAGAUGCAGCGAGCCUGUGGUGGCCAUGCAGCGGUAUGUCGAAGGCACUAGUGCAAAUCCCAAACGGUAAUCCCUGGGCAGAGGGAGCAAAUACAAUUUAUAGUGAUUAUAAUAAGAAAAAGGAAAAUUGCUUCAAUGUUGCAAUUAAUUUUUUUUUGUUGCUUGAAGCAUAAAUGCUUACAGAAAAUCAAAUUCCCUGGAAAAGCAUAUGUUGUAUUGUGUAGUAGCCGUAGGGGGGCUCAUUCUUUUUAACUUUCCUGGUACAUUUGUAGUAUAGGUACUCGCUGAUUAUCUUGUGAUUAAUUCCCUGCAGUUACAAGAGGAAACAUUAUGCUGUCUUUCUUUCUUUUUCCUUUUUUUCUUAUAAAGGCACAAAGAGAGGUAGGAGAGUAUUUCAACCCAAGAUAGAAAUUUAUAUAUUUUCAGUUCCUGGUUCGACCAUGGUUCAAUUAGUUUAGUCAUGUAUCCUCAACUAAGAGGUUAGAUGUUCGGAGCCUCCUCAAAACAUGUUCUUGAACU